CUAUCAUCUUAUAAGCUUUCUCCUCGCCGCCGUGCGCCCUUGUCGCCUCCUCUUCCCGCGGCCGUCUCUUUCGCUCAUACUUCCGCUAAUUCUUGAAAAUGUCAUCCUUAAAGCAUGCUGUUCAUAGACGGGCCCACAAGGAACGAUCUCAACCAAAAGAAAGGAAAAGGUUUGGACUUCUUGAGAAACACAAGGACUAUGUUGUUCGUGCAAAAGCCUUUCAUAAAAAAGAGGAUUACUUACAAAAACUCAAGGAAAAGGCAGCAUUCAAGAAUCCAGAUGAAUUCUACUUCAAGAUGAUCAACUCCAAGACUGUUGAUGGAGUACAUAAACAGGCGGGUGACCCAAACAAAUACACUCAAGAAGAACUCCUGUUGAUGAAGUCACAAGAUAUUGGUUAUAUCUUGCAGAAAGUUCAAUCUGAGAAAAAGAAAAUUGAAAAGCUAACUGCAACACUACACUCACUUGAUUCUCAGCCUUCAAACAGACAUGUAUAUUAUGCUGAAGAUAGGGAAGAUGCUAAGAGAAUACUAUCAGAAACAAAGAGUGUUGGUGGAUUUCAAGCUUUUGAAGAUUUGCCUGAUAAAAUUAAAAGGAGAACAGCUGCUUCCUACAGAGAGUUGGAAGCAAGAAGAGGAAGAGUUCAAGAACUUGAGAAAGUUUAUAAUGAAAUGGCAAUGAAACAAGAAUUACAGAAAAAAGACCAGUCUAUAAGUGGAGAACAGAACGCAAACGUUAAAAGAAGAUAGAAGUUUUUUGGGGAAUCAGUAUUAGAGUUUCUAUGUGUUUUGUUGGUGAUAUUUUUUUUUUGUCAAAUUAAGUAACUUUUUUAUAUGAUUGAUUUUGACAAGUACUUGUUAUAAUGUUAUCAAUGUAUGGAACAAUUUAGAAUACAUAUUUUUUUUUUUACUUUGUUUUGUAUCGAUAAUAGCAACAAAUUAUUAAUUUUUUUUUUAACCUUUUGCAACGUGAAACCUACAAAUUGUUGACGA